AGCCUGCGGUGACACGGGGAGGACGGAGAGGUGCCGGGGGUCCCAUCGAGAGCAUGCCAGAGCCCCCGGGGCGCUGAGCCGGGCAGGGGACAGCGAGGGGGUCCCAGUGGAUGGACCCCCUCAGGCCGGGCCCCCGAUGUCGGCGCCACUGCUGCUCUGGGUCAUUCUCCUCCGCUGGGCCAGCGGCGGGGGCUUCGUCCGGGGAGGCAGGACGUGGCAGCACUGCACAGACCUGCGGCCGCUGGACAUCCUCUCGGAGGCGGUGCCGGCCGGGGCGCUGGCCCGGGGCGUGCGGGUGUUCCAGGUGCAGGGCGUGCUCGGCCUCCAGCUCUCCGCCUCCCGGCCCCGAGCCCUGGGCUUCCCCGCCUCGCGGCUCUUCAUCCACUGCGAUCGCUUUCCCGAGGAGUUCUCCAUCAUCGUCACGCUGCGGGCGCUCCGCCGCCCCGCCAAGAGGAACGAGUACAUCUUCACGCUGAUGGUGGAGGAGAGCCCCAGCGUCCUGCUGGGGCUGCGCUACGCCCCCGACAAGCUCCACUUCCUCUUCUGGAGCCAGGAGCGCUCCGGCGGCUGGCAGACCCGCGUCACCUUCCCCAACGUGUCCCUCUCCGACAACCGCUGGCACACGCUCGUCCUGGCUGUGUCCGGCCAGUCCUUCUCCUUGACGGUGGACUGCAGCAUCCCCAAAGAUGUGGUGGUGGAGACACCAUUUCCAGCCUCACUGUCGGUGAGGAGAGCCAGUUUCUACCUGGGCAACAGGCGGAGAAGGAAAGGCGUGUUCACGGGCUUGCUGAGGCAGCUUGUCCUGCUGCCAGGAGCUGAUGCCACCCCCCGGAUAUGCCACGCCAUGAACUUCAAAGUAGCAACGCUGUCUGUCCCCAGUGUCCUCCAGGAUGUCCCUGUGAAACCAGUGAGCAACGAGGUGCUCAAAUACCCCUACGAGACUGACAUGAAAGUGACCCUGGGGGCCCGGCCACGCUGCUCCAAGCAGGAGAAGGCGCGGUUCUGGUUUAACGCAUCCCAGCGAGGGCUGUACCUCUGCAACGGCAGCACCUGGGUCUCCAUGCUGGAAGUCCAACACAGGCUGGACUAUGUGGAGGAAUACCAGAACCUGGUGACCAACUCAGAGACGAUGGGCAUUGAGGUCUUCACCAUCCCAAAGGUGGGACUGUUUGCAGCCAUGGCCAACCGGAUCACGCCCCCAGGAUCAGCCAUCUACAGGUGGACUGACGGGAAGUUUGUGCACUACCAGAACAUCCCCACCUACCAAGCCCAGUCCUGGAAGUAUUUCACCAUUGGGAAGAAGAUCUUCCUGGCAGUGGCAAAUUUUGAGCAGAAUGAGAGGGGUCAGGAGUUCUCUGUGAUCUACAAGUGGAGCCGCAGGAAAGCGAAGUUCGUCACAUACCAGCGGAUCACCACACACAGCGCCAGGGACUGGGAGGCCUUUGUCAUUGAGGGAGAGGCUUUCCUUGCUGUGGUCAACCACAGAGAAGGGAACAACCACAAUAUAGACAGCGUGAUAUACAGGUGGAACCCCAGGACAGGGCUGUUUGAAAUUAACCAGACCAUUCCUACCUCUGGAGCCUACGACUGGGAAUUUUUCACCAUCGGACCAUAUUCCUUCCUGGCUGUAGCUAACACAUUCAAUGGCACAUCCACUAAGAUCUACUCACACAUCUACAUCUGGCUCAGUGGCUCUUUCCAGCUCUUCCAGUCUAUCCUGACAUUUGGUGCAGCCGACUGGGAGGUUUUUCAUGUUGGGGACAGAGUCUUUCUGGCUGUUGCCAACAGCCACAGCUAUGACAGCGGGAUGCCAGCACCCUCCAAUUUCUAUGCCAUCAACUCUUCCAUCUAUGAGCUGAACAUCACGGCCCAGAUGUUUGUUAAAUUCCAGGACCUUCUCACCUACAGUGCCCUGGACUGGGAGUUCUUCUCGGUGGGAGAUGACUCUUUUCUGGUGGUCGCAAACUCCUUCAAUGGCUUCACCUUCUCUGUUAACAGCAUCAUCUACAGGUGGCAAGGCUACGAAGGCUUCGUGGCAGCCCACCACCUCCCCACUGUGGGCUGUAGAGACUGGGAGGCGUUUCACACCCCUGAGGGCUCCUACCUGUUCUACUCCAGUGCCAAGGAGCCGCUUUCCAAGGUGCUCAAGCUGAAAACCACCUGAGGCAGCUGAGACAUGCUCAGCUCAUCACCAGGACCAGGGCAAUCUGGGCAUCCAGGUGAAGAUGGACCACAGAGCCCAGGA